AUGGCCGCCGUUCCCGCGCUGAGCAAGCAGCUGAACGGCUUCGCGGAAACUUCCGACUACGCCGAUUACUCCGACUCAAGAAGCGGCCCUCGCGGCGCGCAAUCAGCAGCUGCAAAGGCCGUAGGCAACGGCAUGUCAGGGCUCGUCAACAAGGCGGUGCCAGGGGCGGUGGCAUCCGGGGUUGUUAACAACCAGGGUAACCAGGGUAACCAGCCCAAGUUAAAGCUUUCGCAGCUAUACGCGCAGAUGGUGGAGCAGCAGCAGAGCCUCAUAGAGCAACACGGGCUCGUUGUCGCAGGCGCAAACGGCACCCAACCCGCCGCUUCCGCCGCCGCCUCCGCCGCCGCCGCCGCCGCGGGCGGAGCCGGUUCGAAGGGUGCUCGAGGCCGCGAUCAGGGGGAUUCGGGCUCGUCAUUGGAGCAGCCGCAGGAGCAGCAGCCGCAACAGCAGCAGCAGCAGCUUUCGCGGAUGAGCGCGCAACAGUCCUCCCCGCCGACGGCAUCAGCACAGGCGCGCAGCGCGCAACGAGGGGGAGCGGCGGAUACGGGGAAGCAGGACGGAGGAGCGUCUGCGCGGCGGCCGCCUCCUUUGCAGCUUCAGAACGGCAACUCGUCAGAGCAUGACACGUCAGCGGCAUCGCGGUCGCAGUCGCAGUCGCAAUCGCAGUCGCAGUCGCAGUCGCAGUCGCAAUCGCAGUCACAUUCGCACGGCGUUAGCCGGGAAGAGCGUGCGACGAAAAUGUACGCGCAUCCGCAGUCGCAGUCGCUGGACGAGCGGAACCUUUCCGCCCAAUCCGCCCAGUCUGCGCAUUCCGCCCAUUCAGCGCACGGCCCUUCCGCGGAUCCCAUUCGCGCGGAGCUGCUCCGCGAGGCCGCGCAGGCGCACCACGAGGCCGCGCGCCUGCGCGAGGACAUUGCGCGCCUGUGGCAAGAAGUUGCGCGCGCGCGAGAAGAGUGCGCGCGAAUGGGCGAACGCGCCGCAGCCUCCCUCGAAACCGCCGCCGCGGCGCUCGAAAAAGCCGCCGCAGGCGGCGCGGAAGGCGCGGGCGCGGGCGCCGUAGCGAGAGCCACGUCAUCAUCGUCCUCCAUGCCGGUCCCCCGCCACGUGCGCACGGAAGGCGGAAGCGGUCUCCUCUCCCCGUCCGGACUGAUCUCCCCCUCCGCGCGCUCCCCCAGCCCCGGCAGUGGCGGCGGCGGCGGAGGCGGCCUGCACCCGUCCGUCCGCCGACAGCUGUCCAACUCGUGGAGUGACUAUGGCGGGGGGGACGGCAGCGCGAGUCCGGGGAGUGCGGGGCAGGUGAAGGCCUUUCAGCGCCUACAGGCGGCAAAGUCUCUGGGUCUCCUCCCCUUGGCCCCCGGGGAGAGCGUGUCUAGCGCGGGCCCGGAGGAUCACGGCGGAAGCGGAAGCCCCCCCGGAUUGGCGGACAGCCCGCCUGGGUUGGCGGACAGCCCCGAUGCGGGCGGCGGCGGAAGCGGAAGGUUUAACAGCCGCGCGCUGGCGGAGAGCGUGGAGCGCGCGUCCGCGUGGACCGCGGGGCUGGAGGCAGUCGGCGUAUCUGCGCCUGCGGCGGUUGCGGGGAAAGCUGGCGGAGCAGGCGCGUCCGCCGCGGGGUCGGGAAGCGCGGGAGGGGGCCGCGGAGGGGGGAGAAGCGCGCGCGAGGCGGGGGGCGGCGGGGGGAACAACUACUCGCCGUCCAGCCCGGACUCGGUGACGUCAUCGCGGAGAAGCGCGCGCGGAAGCACCGUGAGCGGAAGCGGAGGCAGCAACUGCUUCCCCCCGCUCCCCGGACUGGUGCAACUGCAAGCCAUGGUCCCCGCGGGGCGCAAUUCCGUUCCGCCCAGCCCCGCCGCCAGCUCCUCGGACUCACACGCGCCUUCCGCGGGUGGGGCGCGGGGGGGUUUCGGAGGAGGGGGCCAAAGCGGCGGGGGCGGAAGAGCAAGAGGCGGAGGAGGCGGAGCGCGAGCAGGGGAAGGCGGCGAAGCGGGGGGAAGCGGAGGCAUGGCGCGGAUAGAAUCCCUGCAUUUACCGCCGUCCUCCUCCCCCGCGCUCUCCUCCGCCUCUUCCGCCAUGCAGCGCUAUAGCUCCAUGGACGUGGGGGUCCUCCUUUCCGCCGCGUCCCUCCCCCCCGACUCCUCCCUCUCCGCGGGGGUUCCGCACUCCACUCCGCGCCUGCUAGGCCUGGCGGACACCGAGCCUGAGCUCACCGCGCGCCUGCGCACUAACAGCAGCAGCAGCGCCGCGGGGGGAGGGAUCGGCCCAAGGGGCGCGGGGGGAGCAGGGGGCGCGGGUAUGCCUUCCGCGUCCCCCGCCCAGGCGGGGCGGUCGAGCUCGUUCGGGGCAAAAGGGGUGGGCGGCAGGUCUGGGACAGGCUUGAGCCGAGCCUUGUCAGUAGCCUCGGGGCAGGCGCUGCCAGGUAUGGUAACGGGGCAAGGGGGACGGGCGGGGGCGACGGCGGGAGCGGCGGCGGGGGAGGAGGCGGGCGGGGAGGCGCGGGGGAAGAUGUGGCGGCAGGGGUCGUGCACUGACUCGCUGCUACAGCCGUCCAUGUCAUUUGAAGACGAGGGGGGGAAACCGGGGCGGAGGGGGGCGGCGGGUCUGGGGAACCUUCAGGUGCCAAGGCGGCAGGGGGCGGAGGCGUGGGGCAGGGGCGGGGGAGCGGGCGCGGGAGCGGGCGGGGGAGGGUCGAGGGGGGGUAGUGGGGGAGUUUCGGUUGCGCUGUCGCCGUCUUUUGAUGGUAUAGUGCAUCACGAGCAGGAUAUGCUGUCUGCAGGGCUUAAUCACUCCGCUGCUGCUGCUGCUGCUGCUGCGCCUGGUGCUGGUAGUGGUGCUGCUGCUGUUGGCGGCAGUGGUAGUGGUAGCGGUGGUGGUAGCGGUGGUGGUAGCGGUGGUGGUGGUGGUUCUACUGGUGUUGCUCGUCCCUUGGAGCGCACUGACGAUGAGGAUUCUCCUUCCUCACACUCUUCUGCUUCCUCAGACUCAUCAUCAUCACCACGCAUAGACGCAAGGGCAGCAAAGCGAGCUGCUGCUGCUGCUUCUGCCUCUGCUGCCGUUGCCGCUGCCGCUGCCGCUGCUGCUGCUGGUGAGCCGUUCACCCAGCCGCAACAUCCAGACGACGAAUCCGAUUCUGAUUACGAUUCGGUUUCGGACGAAUCGGAUUCAGGCGCCAGCUCUCCCCGGUCCACAGGCUCGGGUUCUGGCUCGGCCCGAACCUCUUCAGCAGGGGGGGUAGGGGCGUCCCCUUCCUCCUCUGCAUCCGCCCCAUUUCCGCAUAACUCAGCAGGGGGGCGCGGGGGAGUGGGGGGGCGCAGCGGGGGGAGGGGACGCGGACCAGGCGGGGGGGUCCCGGGAGGGGGAAGGGGGCGGGCGAUGGCGCUGCUGGCAACAGGAGGGGGAGGGGGAAUGCGGGGAGGGGGUGAUGGGGCAGGAGGGGCAGGAGGGAGAGGAGGCGGGGUGUUUUCCGCUGCAGGGUCUGGGAGCUUUGCGUUUCACGAUGGCUCGGAGGAAGGAGGAGGAGCAGGAGGAGGAGGGGGAGGGGGAGGGGAGAGUGCUACGGCAAGAGAUUCAAAAUCUGCUGCUGCAGCAGCGGCCGCAGCAGCAUCAGCGGCGGCUGCAGCAGCAGCAGGAGCAGCAGCAGCAGCGAAGCGAGCAGCAGUGAAGAGUUUCAGUGCGGCAGGGAGUGGGAGCUUCGCGUUCCAUGCUGAAUCAGACGAUGCUUCCCUGGGCGGCAACAACAGCCCCACACUCAAACGCCCAGCCUCAGCAGGCGACUCGGCCGCCGCCGCUAAUGCUGCUUCUGCUGCCCCUGCUGCGUCUGCUGCUGGUAGGUUUGCCGGGAGUGGUUCCGGUGCGGUGGGUAUGAGAGGGCUGCGUAGGGCAGUGUCAGGGGUGCCAGAUGAUCGCGCUUCUGCUGUUGCAGCAGCACGCAUGGGCUCUGCUGCUGCUGCUGCUGCUGGUGGUGGUACCGCUGGUGGUGGUGCUGGUGCUGGUGGUGCUGCUUCGGCUGGUGCGAACAUGCGUGGGCUGCGCAGGGCAGUGUCAGGGGUGCCAGACGGCCACACCCUAUCCUCCUCUCUUGCACGAACAGUAGCAGCAGCAGGAGGAGCAGCAGGAGGAGAAGGAGCAGGAGUGGCGCGCACGGGUGCUGGGGGGGCAGGGGGAGCUCUGGGCGGAGGCGGAAGGGGAGGGGGAGGCGGGGCGGCUGCAGGGUCGGCGGGGGGGCGGGCGUUACAGCGGGCAGUGUCAGGUGUGCCGGGUGAGAGGGCAAAAAGCGGGGCAGGGGCAGCGGCGGGGUGGGGAGGCGCAGGGGGGGGAGCAGGGAGAGGCGGGGGACCAGGGGCAGCAGGGGCAGCAGGGGCAGGAAGCAGGGGGUUGCGGCGAGCGGUAUCCGGGGUACCGGAGGGGGGAAUGCACCGCCACAACCAGAACCAGAUGCAGGCACGAGGAGCAGCAGGAGCAAUAGGAGCAGCAGGAGGAGUAGGAGUUGCAGGAGGAGUAGCAAGAGGAGCAGGAAGGGGUCUACGGAGGGUGGGAUCAGGUGUGCCUGGUAUGGCCGGCAGUGGUGGCCGCGGGGCAGCAGCAUUCAAUGGUGCUGGUGUGACAGGAAGAGGUGCUGCUGCUGCUGGUCGUGGUGCCCCCGGCACAGGCAUGGGGGGACUGGAGCAGGAGCGGGAGGAGGCGGGGCAGGAGGAGGAGCAGGAGGAGGGGGCAGAGGUGGAGGCAGCAGCAUUUUCGCUGGUAAGGGGGGGUAUACCGGUAGUGGAGCAGGAGGAGCAGGAGGAGCAGCAGGGGCAGGAGUGGAUGUUAACAACCGCCCUCUUAGCGGUGGCAGCUUCUUUGCCAAAUUCGCAGGGGCAGGAGGAGGGGGAGGUGGAGGAGGAGGAGGAGGGGGAGCAGGGGCGCAAGCGAGAGGAGGGGUGGGAGGAGCGAGGGCGGGGGGGUGCAUAUGACGACAGCAGUGAUUACACGAGCAGCAGCGAGAGCGACGUGGGCGGGCAUACAAGCCGGCUCAGGGGUGUUGGGAUGCAUGGUGCGGGGAUGCAUGGUGUGGGGAUGCAUGGUGCGGGGAUGCGUGGUGUGGGGACGGGCGCUCCCCCUGCUGGUGGUCUGGCCACAGGUGGAGGUAAUGAUGAUGAUGAGGAUGAGGAGGAGGAGGAGGAUGAUGAUGACGAUGGCAGUGUUGUUAUGAAAGGGCAGAGUUCAGGAGGGGAGGCUACAGGCAAGCGUGGGCAGGAAGCGAAGGAUGACAAGGAGGAUGAAGAGGAGGACGAGGAGGAGGAGGAGGAGGAGGAGGAGGAGGAGGAGGAGGAGGAGGAGGAGGAGGAGGAGGAGGAGGAGGAGGAGGAGGAGGAGGAGGAGGAGGAGGAGGAGGAGGAUGAGCAAAUGGCGCUGCACACCCCGACACCACCACACACCGGCAGCGGCGGAACUGCCACCACUGGGGGGGCGGGGAGCGGGGCAUCUGACGCCCCGCGUCGAUCCGUGCGGUUCAAGCUCUCUCCAGAGAUCAGGGAAUUCACUGGCUCGGCUAUGUCUGAUGGGUCUGGCUCCUCUGGAUCUUCUGAUGAGGCUUCCCCUCCUGCCUCGACUAUCUCUGCUUCUAAAGCCAGGCUGCAAGCGCUGCUAGCUCUGCAGAAGCAGCAGGAGGAGGAGGAUCGGGAGCGGGAGCGGGAGCAGCAGCCGCAGCUGCAGCACUCGAACUCGCAGCACCCUCCGCCGCACCAGCAGCAUUCGCAACAGCAACAGCAGUUGUUGCAGCAGCGCCAGCAGCAGCAGCAGCAGCAGCAGCAGCAGAGGCAACAGAGGAAGGAAGAAGAGGAAGAGGAGGAUGAGGAAGAGGAGGAUGAUGAGGAGGAAUAUGAGGAAGCGGAGGGUGAGUUUGAGGAUGAGGAAAGAAGGGAGGGUGGUUCGGGUUACAGUGUGGGAUCAGAGCAACGAGGAACGGUUGGGGGCAGAGGAGGCGGAGGGGGCGAGAGUGGAGGGAGAGGAAGGGGAUCGGCAGGUAUGGCAGGAUACACUGGGAUGGGUUAUAACUCCAUGCAGCAGCAGCAGCAGCAGCAGCAGCAGCAGCAGCAGCAGCAGCAGCAGCAACAGCAGCAGCAACAGGAGCAGAAACAGCAGCAGCAGCAGCAGCAGCAGCAGCAGCAGCAGCAGCAGCAGCAGCAGCAGCAGCAGCAGCAGCAGCAGCAGCAGCAGCAGCAGCAGCAGCAGCAGCAGCAGCAGCAGCAGCAGCAGCAGCAGCAGCAGCAGCAGCAGCAGCAGCAGCAGCAGCAGCAGCAGCAGCAGCAGCAGCAGCAGCAGCAGCAGCAACAGGAGCAGAAACAGCAGCAGCAGCAACAACAACAACAACAGAAACAGCAGCAGUUGCUACAGCAGCAGGGGUGGGUACAGUACGAGAGAGGGUCAGCGGUGGAUGGUUUGUGUGGUGGCAACGCGGACGACAUUGAUUCUGACGAUUACUCAGAUACUGACGAUGAGGAGGGAGGGGAGGAGGAGCGUGGGAUGGCAGUGACUGGGGGCAGACAGAGCGUGGCACGGCAUGCACCUGGAGUAACAGGGGGAGGCGGCAGGGGGAUGGGGAGAGGAGGGGGAGCAGUGCGAGGAGUAUCAAUGGGAGGAGGAGUGGGGCCAAGGGCUUCUGAUGGGGGGGUGAGGAGCGGGUAUGCGAGGGGUGCAGUUGGGGAUGGCAAGGGGGAUGCUGACUCAGGUCUGGAUGAGUAUGAGGAUGCUUAUGAUGAUGAUGAUGAUGAUGAUGGUGCAGGGUCGUUUGCGGGCUUUGGUGCUGGGCUGUAA